AUGUCCGAAAAGCCAACUGAAUUGAAACCCUCGUCAGGCGAGCUCGCAGACGAGCUCGAGUCCUUCAGGCGCCAAUGGAAGGAAGACCUCCAGUUCCAAAGGCAGCCAUUGACUACUACUACUCCCCAGCCGAAUUCGGAUGUGGUUCCUACUUCAUCGUCAUCCUCAAACCCUAUUGAUCAUACUACACUAAAGGCUCCGCAUAAGCGACGGCAUUCCCAGAAUGCCCGUGAUACCAUCCCGCAAGAUCUAUUGGCUCAAAGGCAACAUGAUAUUGAUGGGUUUAGAAGUUUGGAUUUGGAUGUCAAGCCUACCCCUAGCCUUGGGUCUGGAGAGAGGAUUUUAGAUAGUGCACCAUUGACGACGGGGUUGGAGCAUUAUGAGGCAGCGGUCGAGAAGGAGAAAGAUGGAAGGAUUAAUGAAAGUGUUAGGUUAUACAGGAAAGCUUUCAAGCUUGACCCUUCUGUCCAUGAGAAGUUUAAGGAAAAGUAUUAUCCUAAGCAGCCUGCGUCAGGAAAGCCGAAGAAUGCGGAGUCGGCAGAGACAUCGGAACAAGGACUUCUUCCCACCGAGGAAUUAGUGAAUACCUUCACUGGGGUUCCCAUAACAGCAGGAGAAAGUAUCAACCUCGCUUCACUCAAAGGGAAAAAUUCUUACAAGAAAGCGCCAACAUGUCCGAUUUCUACGAUCCCGAGGGAAAUCCUGAUACAUAUAUUUUCCAUGCUUGCUGCAACCGAUCUUCCCUCAUUCGUCAGAUCAGCAACAGUUUGCAAAUCUAUUUGCUAUCUGAUAUAUACUGAACGGCAAUUCUGGAGAGAACUCUGCAAGAAUGCCUAUGAAAAUAUGAUAUGGGGUCCCUCGUGGGCUUGCGAUAUUAAAGGCGGUCCAUUACUUGACCAUGAUCUCGAUAAAAUAGAAACCGGGCUCAGCAGCCUCGGUAUUAUCGAAGAAGAUGAUAGUGAGGGUUCUGGCGAGGAGGAAAUCUCGAAGUUGGACGUACUUCCAACCCGUCCGAUCGACGAAAUCGAAGUCAUCAAAUACAAUUCGUCUUAUAGGUUGAUGUUCAUCGAACGUCCCAAGAUCAGAUAUAAUGGAAUUUAUAUCUCAACUUGCACUUACCUUCGUCAAGGGCACCAAGCCGCAAGUAGUAUGGCACUAUCAACUAUACCUGUCCACAUGGUCACAUACUAUCGAUACCUCCGCUUCUUCCCCUCCGGCUUUGCCAUACAUCUUCUCACGCCUGCUGAACCUUCUGAUGUUGUCCAUUCCAUAACCAUUGAUAACUACAACUACCUCUCGUCCAUAAAAGCUACAACUUCAACAAACCUUCCUAGCCACUUCAACAACAUAAAACACAUUCUUCCCGCCCGCUGGCGUGUCCAUUUUAACCCACACACAUAUCCUUCACCCAACUCAACAGACGAACCAGGACAUAGAAUUCAGAUAGAAAGCAAAGGAUCCGAUACGGCUGGUCGGUAUAUAAAUACUCUUGAUUUGACGCUAAAAAUGAGGCCGAGGGGUAUCGGUGGGCGGAGGGGUUAUGGAGAUAGACUUUCGUGGAAUAGUUACACAAGUUUUAAUGUUUUGACGGAGGAUAAAGGGGCAUAUUCGUUGAAGAACGAUAAGCCAUUUUACUUUAGUAGGGUGAAGAGUUAUGAACGCGAGGUGUUGAAGGAGGCCGAAGAAUGA